UCGAAAAGUGGCUUUUUCUGUGAUCUCUUUCGUUUUCAUUGCUUGGCUAUUUAAAUUGAAGCUCAAGAGAGGUGUCAGUAUCUAACUUGCUGCAUUUCAUCUCUUCCGUUUAAUUUCACAAUUCAAAACUCUUAAUUCCUACUCGGCGAUAAUGGCUCAGACAGUUGUCCUCAAAGUUGGUAUGUCUUGUCAAGGUUGUGUUGGGGCUGUAAACAGGGUGCUUGGGAAAAUGGAAGGUGUGGAGUCAUUCGACAUUGAUUUGAAGGAGCAGAAAGUGACAGUGAAGGGAAAUGUACAUCCUGAUGAAGUUUUGCAGACUGUGUCCAAGACAGGAAAAAAGACUUCCUUCUGGGAAGCAGAAGCAAAAGGUGAAAAUGUAGCAAAACCUGAUUCUGCUGAAGCUGUUGUUGUUAAUGGAGCAAAACCUGCUUCUGUUGAAGCUGUUGCUGUUAAAGAAGAAACACCUGCUUCUGUGGAAACUGUUGCUGUUAAAGAAGAAAAACCUGCUUCUGUGGAAGCUGUUGCUGUUCAUGGAGAAAAACCUGCUUCCGCUGAAGCUGUUGUUGUUCCUUGAUAUGUUAAGCGGCUAGCCACUAUAGUUUCUAGUAGAGAAAAAGGCGCGGUUAUAGGUUGAUUUGGUGGACUUUCUAUGUAUACUUAAUUGUUGAAAUGCCCAGUAAUCUCUGAGGGUACUUCUUGUUUGUUGGAUACCUAAUCGCUCUGCGUUGGUUGAUUGGGUUCUUAUAUAAGAUGUAUAAGAUAUAAAGGGGAAUAACAGUUC